AUGGGUCGCAUGACACGCGCAAAGGCUGCUGAAGUUGCUGAAAAGCUCCAUGUCGACGAAGAUGCAGUACUUGAGUUGCCUAGUGAGGAUGUCGUAAAAGGCAUUCAAGCGCCAGGAGACAACGAGCGCACGCCACUUGGAGAGGUCAGCGUCAACAGCGCCGGCAGCAAGGCCGAGAUAGAGGAUGCAGAGGUGAAGAGUGCACCGACAUCAAAGAAAGGAGGGAAGAAGGGGCGCAAAGGCAAGAAAAAGAAUAAAUCUGCUCUAGACGCCAGCACUAGCUCUGCACCAGACGCAGACCGAGAUGAGGACAUCAUACCAGAUGAACAUGAAUCGCAACCUUCCCCGGCGAGUAGAGCUGCAUCGCAAGAGCUAAGUAACGAUAUACCAAGAUGUGAGCGAAAUUGGUCCUCGUCGUUUGUAGUCCCCUUGGGAUCACAUGACGCUAAUGCAGGAGUCCGAAUAGUGGAUGCAUCGCAACAACAACUUCAAGACACGAGACCGAACACACCUCCAUCAAACGCAGUGCGACUCGCCCGAUCUCAAUUGAGAAGCCAAGGCCCAGAAUUAGGUCCACCUGAGCCGAAAUCAUUAAUCGAGGAGAAGAAGAUUGUCAGCAAGGGAUCCUUAACCAGCGAAAAAGACGCGACGGAAAGGCAGGCAGGCAUACAACCAGAUCUACAGCCUCAGAUUGAUACUGUGGAUAUUCCCUCCUCAGCUGCCGGCUCGGCUCUAGACGACCCGUUCUCCAUGCCAACCCACGUUCAACAGCUCAAAGGCAGCGUGCUUGUCAAAUCGCCAUCGCGAUGGAAAGUCGGUGUUGACGAUAGCGCUGAGUACGCAAAGGGGUUCGUUUCUCCAGUUCAGAGAAUGAGCAGCAAUGGUGUCGACACAGACGUUCUCUGCUCUUCGAAUGCCUCUUCUCAGGAAGACUGGCCAUUACGAUCUGGAAGCAUUGAAGCAGAUUCGGCAAUGGCGUCUACUGACAGGGUACUACCGAUGUACGAUCAAUUGGAAAAUGCUGUUGUGGGAGCUGCGACACCACCCAGAUCUGAGCGAGUCAACAUCCCUGUCAUCCCUGAAACAGAUCCGACCUACGACGAGCUUGAAGCCGCGGCGUUGAGCGCAUCUAUACCUCCUCAAAGCAUCCCCAAGAGAACUUCGCCAGCACCAACGGACGCGAUAUCCGCCAUGGACGCGUUGGAGGAUGAAGUCGAGAAAAUUAAUGCAGAAGUGCCUGACGUGCAGACUUCACCCGAAAAGCCAAAGACCAGGAAAGUAACGCCAGUUGUGAGAACGACCAAGGCAAGCCAGGCGCGGAUCUCACUUGCGCAUGGUCCAAAAGAUGCUCCCAAAGUGCCUGCUUUAGGUCGUCCGCGCCAGUCGAGCGCUAGGCAAUCUAGUGCGCACGCUCAGCUAUCCCAAUCAACAGCGAAGCGCGUUACAAGUACCUCAAGCGUGAGAUCCCGUCAAGGAACUCAGGAUGAAGACGUCACUGUCGACAAGAAGGAAGUCAAUAUUCCUCAUAGCAAACCUCGGCCCAUGUCUUUGCAGUUUCCAACGCCGCCGCCACCACCGAAGUCAACCAAAGCUCCUACGAAGAGCACUUUUCAACUACCAGGAGAGGCCAUAGCAGCUAAGCUGAAGGCAGCAAAGGAGGCACGACUACAGAAGGAAGCCGAAGAAUCUACAGCGAAGAAGACUUUCAAAGCCCGUCCAGCGCCAUCCUUCGCUAAAAAGCCGCCUCCAGCUGUUCGCCAGACCAGCACUAGUAAAGCUCGAGAAUCAAUCAUGAAUGGCAAGCCAGUGGCGACCAUGAGUAGCAAGCGGCCCCACAGUGUUGCAACGACUCGACCAGCAGCGAACAAAGCGCCGGUCACUACUAAGAAGCCUAGUGUUUCUGCCAAAGUCGCACCAAAGUUGUCCAGCUCCACCAACUCUUUAUCUUCUUCUAAAAAACGGCCAGUGCCUGGAGUGCCACCACAAGCCGCAAAGUCUCUGACUGUCGCAAAACGACCAUCCACUGUGAUGGGAGUCCUCGACAAGCCUCGCACAUCAUUGGCUCCAAAGCCAAACCCACCAGCUACAGCUCAAAAGACGAAUGGCACCGCGAAGGGCAAGGAGGUCUUCAGUCGUGCGGCGCAAGCCAAGUCCAAUGCUGAGAAGGAGAAGCGAGAGAAGGAAGAAGCAGCAAAGAAGGCACGCGCUGCGGCUGCCGAACGUGGUCGUCAGGCAAGCCGUGACUGGGCUGAGAAGCAACGUCUGAAGAAGCUUGGUCUGAAGCCUGAGACCAAGUCGGCCGCUGUUGAAGGUCAAGUUACUGCUGACCUGGAGCCAACGACCGAGAUCCAAGUCACUGAGCAUAUCGCAGAGGCCCCAGCAGCGGUUGAAGCUUAG